UCUAGACGAAUUGUCUUGAACGCCUCAAUUUUAAUUCGUCGAGCAAAAGUCAAAAGACGGAAUGUGUUGAAACAUAUUUUAUUACAAAUUAACGUAAUUUUAGAUUUUAAAAUAGUUCCUAGGUAUAAAAACAGCAAAAUGUUUAAUAAUGUGGCAUACAUAUGUAUAAUUUAUUUUACUACGGCUCUAGUCUUAACUCUAGCCGGAAGAGAUUUUUAUCAAAUACUUGGUGUCUCCCGUUCUGCUAGUACGAAUGAAAUUAAAAAAGCUUACAGAAAAUUAGCAAAAGCUCUUCAUCCGGACAAAAAUCAAGAUGAUCCAAAUGCAUCUCAAAAGUUUCAAGAUCUUGGCGCCGCAUAUGAAGCUUUAUCCGACCCGGAGAAACGAGAACUAUACGACCGAUGCGGCGAAGAUUGUCUUAAAAAGGAUGGAAUGAUGAAUAAUAACGAUCCAUUCGCAAGCUUUUUCGGAGAUUUCGGUUUCCAUUUUGGUGGUGAACCACAACAACAUGAAACACCUCGUGGUGCCGACAUUGUUAUGGAACUUACUGUUACUCUAGAAGAACUUUACAAUGGAAACUUCAUAGAAAUAACAAGGAACAAGCCAGUAAUAAAGCCUGCUUCAGGUACAAGGAAGUGCAAUUGUCGUCAGGAGAUGGUGACUAGAAACCUGGGCCCAGGAAGGUUUCAAAUGAUGCAGCAGACUGUUUGUGAUGAAUGUCCUAAUGUUAAAUUUGUUAAUGAAGAGAGACUUUUAGAAAUAGAGGUUGAAGUAGGCGCUCCAGAUGGCCAUAAGUCUAAGCUCAGAGGUGAGGGUGAGCCUCAUGUAGAUGGGGACCCUGGAGACUUGGUUAUUGUAUUUAGAACAGAGAGACACCCACAAUUUACACGAAAAGGAGAUGACUUGUACACUAAUGUCACUAUUUCAUUGCAGGAUGCUUUAACUGGUUUUACAUUGGAGUUAGUACAUCUUGAUGGACAUAAGGUGACAGUGUCCCGAGACAAGGUAACAUGGGCUGGUGCACGUGUGCGUAAGAAGGGUGAAGGCAUGCCAAACUUUGAAAAUAACAACCUCCAUGGCAACCUCUAUGUCACAUUUGAUAUUGAAUUUCCUAAACAGGACUUCAGUGAUGAAGACAAAGAAGCUCUCCGGAAGAUACUUAAACAGAGUCAAAAUAUCAAAAUAUACAAUGGACUAUAGUAGCUAUUCUGCCAAUAAUUUAUUUAAGUAGUGAAUUAAUUGAGUGCAAUGUUAUGGAGAAAGUGUGUAUCUGAAACUAAGUUUGUGUUACCUGUGGAGAAUGUGAUUGUUUUUAAAAAAAAAUAAAAUCUUACAACCCUGAA